CCUCCCCCUCCCUCCCGCCCUCCUCUUCCCUUCCCCCACCACCACCGCCGCCGCCGCUGUCACUGGAGCCCGUACCUGCCCUCUCUCUGCGCUACAUAAGCUCUACGCAUGCGAAGUGACUCUCCCUCUUAUUCGGUGUAAGCAGGACAUAAAGGGUGACAUAGCGCAGCCUGAAACCAUCAUGGAUGAUCAUGAAUUCUCCACCGGAAGCUCUGGGGCCUCCAAAACCUUCCCCAUGCAGUGCUCCUCCCUGAGGAAGAACGGCUAUGUCAUGCUGAAAGGAAAUCCCUGCAAGAUCGUUGACAUGUCUACCUCCAAGACUGGCAAGCAUGGGCACGCUAAGGUUCACCUCGUUGGAAUCGACAUCUUUACUCAGAAGAAGUAUGAAGAUAUCUGCCCAUCUACCCAUAACAUGGAUGUCCCACGUGUUAAUAGGUUGGAAUACCAGGUAAUUGGUCUCUUAGACGGUUUCUUGUCCCUAAUGAAUGAAAAUGGAGACACCAGAGAUGAUCUGAAAGUGCCAGAUAAUGAACUGGGCAAAGAAAUUGAGACCAAGGUCGAGGCUGGAGACGACAUUUUGGUCACUGUGUUGAGUUGUCUAGAGCAUGAGCACGUAAUUGGCCUUAAGAUGAUGAAUAUAAAAUAAGUCGAGGACAUCACCGGAAACCGUGCAUUCUUAUCCUCCAUUAUGGUUUUCAAGCCUCACCAAAGCUACUGGCCUUCACCCCACAUCUCCUCCGGUUUUCCUGAUGGUCAAGUGAAAUCCAGAUUCCUGGACUGGCUCAGCUUCUUCAGCUGCACCUCAGGCUCAGGGCUGACUGGCAUUCUCUACAAUCAAUGACGUUAUCCACCCUCAGCCAUCACAGCUUAACUCUGCGGGUACUAAUAUUAUUCCAAGAAUUCCCUAUAAUGUCCCAGCAAUUAAUACACAUUCCUUUUUAUAAUAUGUGUGAUAUGCUUCCCCCCCAUGUGUGCAUUAUUUCAAACCAUUCCCAGUGUGUGUAACUUCAAAUCAUUCUACAAUUUUUGAGUUGGAUAUGAACAUGUAUUUAAACCCUCAUUUACAAUUACGAUGCUCCCUUAAAUUUAUUUCUCUGCUGACAUCACAGCUCAAGCAAGCGCCAACCCUGCACAAGUCGAGAGAACUGCAAAACAUAACUUGGCGGACGGCCAGAAUGUGUCUGUCAUGCCUUUUGAUUACAAACACAUUUACAUGCAAACUCACAAAUGACUUGUAUAAACAUGCCAUAGCCAUUAUAAAUUCAUGUAAACCGCUUCAUUUAAUCGACUCUUUUCAACUGCAUUGAGCGGGGUCUCAAUAAGACCUUUUCUAGCAGGGGACUCCGCUGUCCCAGCCGUUCUGAAGCCGAACAGGCCCAGACAAGGGGUGGGGCGGGGCCAUUUUCUCUUGUGCUUUGAAACCUUUUCCUUCCACUUGAGGCCUUUUUUUUCUUUCUUUCUUUUAUGCGAUUGACAAAUGUAUAGAAACUUAUUUUGAAAGAACAAAUCACUGAAGGCCUUUACUAUUGUAGUCUUGAAGCUAUUUUUCUUGACGCUCAACUUAACAAAAUAAACCGUAUUCGUCCUAUAUGGUGUAGCCGAGUCUAGAUGACAAGUGUCCUGCAGGUCAUCCGUGUCCUGUUGUGAUCCGAGACAUUGGUGUCCAAGAACAGAACAGAGGAGUGUUACCAUUGAGCUAUUUUCUGGGUUGCAGGUGGGGAAGUGGGACUAAGAUAGUUGUUGAAAGUAGAUUUUGGGGGUGGUAGCAGUUUAGUGGGGAUUUAUGAGUUUUUUUUGUUGGGUUUUUUUUUUUUAUUCUUGUGCUCUGAAAAGAAAAUGAGCUUACGGAUUUUUUUUGAAAUCACGCUGAAUCGGUUCUUAUUCUCUAGGUUUACGUCCACACAAAAAUGACUUGUAGGCAUUGGUAAUGGCAAGAAUCUGAAUGUGUUUGCAUGCACUUUCAUUAAUGUGUUUGCUUCGGAACCCGCACUUAUCUACAGGCAACCUCCUACCAUAACAGUAAAACUAAGUGGCAUAUUUUAUAUGCUUUAUCAUUAUAUCUGAUUGCUGCAGAGCACCCCCCCCCCCCCCCCCCCCAUGGUGCCGUUAGGGGAAGGCUAAAGAAUACUACUUAUUUGCGGCAGACCUGUUUAUCUCAGUGUAAGUUAAGCCUUGACUUUCAGUUGCAACGACGCACUGUUGAGUAAUGACCUUUUCUGCCGUCUGCACUUCUGUCACAGCAAUACCAAAUUCAAGUUUUUGUUGACAAACCUCUGCUCUUCUAUUAAAAAAAAAACCAACCCCUGAUUGUGAUUUAGUUGCGCACGGUGAAGAAAUUUAAUUUCUCUUGCAGAAAUCCUCUCAACCCUUGACACACUGUAGGGGAAGUGUUUACAUGACGUUCAUGACAUCAGGUCACUUCUAAAAUUGGAGAAUAAUCAAAUGACUUGAUGCUUGUAACCACACUGUAGUAUUUACAUAUGACGUUAUUCUCUUUUAGUUUUCAAGUUGUCCUUAGUACAACGGCAGCCGGUCUGUUAUUUUUUGUCCUGACUGUAGUCCACCAUAAGUAUCUUCACCAAAGUGAUCCGCCGCGUCGUAUUUUGGAUUAAGUCCUACGAUGUUUUUCCUAAUCAUUCCGGUCUUGUUCAUGUGUGUGUUUGGUAUUCUCCCAAAAUUUCAUCUUGAGGGCUGUGUGGCAUUACAACAGUGGGUUCCAACUCUGGAUGUUUCCUCCUGGUCAUCUAGAUUAUGAUCAAAACAGCCCAACGGCAGUUCUCUGCAUCUGCACGGAGCCACAUGACUGAAGUCAAUGUACUUGAGGUACAUUUCAUGUAGAGAAUCCACAUCUUGAAGUUUAAACCUUAAGACUAGGCAACGGCUCCUCUAAAUUCAGCAGUGCAGUAGAGACGUGUCGCGUUGGCUAAUGAGUGGACGUUGGAGGCGACUCGGAAGUCCUCUUAAAGCUUCAGGCUGCAGCGCCUCAACCCGAUCGUGUCGGGGUAGAUACUCGAAUUGAGUUACUUUUAGAAAGUAAUGCCUUGCUUCACUUAAUUACUCCGUGACAUUGCCUGCGCUGUCACUUAAAUAUAAAUUAACAAGAUAAAGUUAAACCUUUAAUCAGCACAAAUCCACGUUCUAAUGAGGAUUAGAAAGGAAGACAGACACGACAUCUCUACGACAAAGCUGAAAUAUGUGUUGGGACUCUAGAACAAGGCCACGGAGCCGGUAGAUUCAAAAUAAAAUUCUGCUUUUGUUUCUGUCCAGGGCACAGUUUUAUGAACUUGAGCCAAAGUCACAGUCGCUUCACAGGAGGUCAGGCGAGUGCACGCAGGAAAAGGGACGUUUGAUUUAGUUUUUCUGUCCUGCAGAUAAAGAACUUAAAAAGUAAUUAGAUAAUUGUUCGAUUCGUUACUGUAAUCCAAUUACUGGAGCAACAACAUUACCGUUACAGAAAUCGGAUUACACUAAUGCAUUACUUUGUGAUGCCUUGACACCCAACACCGUCUACGACUGAGGUCGGAUGCAGGAAAGCAGGCUCCUCGCUCAGUCCCAGUUCUCUCCAGGCAGUGAGCCGCUCCGGCCUCUGACACGUAGCACAACGAAUCCCCCACCAUGCAUCUGGUCAAACGACCCCUCUACCUUUUAACUGUCUUACAGGCGUGUCUCCCGCGUGGAGACGGGUAAUACAUAGGACUGACCUCUGAUUUCCACUCAAAAAUGUUUACGCUGUAAAGGGACGACGGCUCGGUCACGCGCCGGGAUACGGCUGAAAAACGAUUUGAUGUCAGUGUCGCGAGGUCAGAUUUUCUCAGGGCUUCAAACCAAGUGUUAGGAAAUCUGUUACGUUCACGUCGUCUGUGGUGAGGAUUAUCAGAUAGUUGUGUUGGUUUUUUAAUUUUCCAUUCGUUUCUCUCAAGCCCGUAUUAUUAUGGUGUCGGUGAAUUUCUUAUUAUUUUACCUUUUCUCUCUCUCUACAUUUUCACCCUGUCAUUAUCUCUGCUGCUUCACUAUUCUUGCGAGAAACAGUGGCUUCUUUCUGUUUUACACCACAGGUACAGUGUGUUAUGUUAAAAUGGUGGAUAGGUGAAUUCGUCUAGUAUCCUCUAUGUUCGUUGUGUUUUCCGAGGAAGGGUGGUGAUGGUGGUGGGUGGUUAUCGUCUGAAAACAGCUUCCGGGGGGAAUCUUGACUUUGAACCUCUCCUCGGAACAUAAAGAUACGGAGACUUUUCUCUUCCCUUUUUCUAACAAAUCUAUUGCUGCUGUCUCAAUAAUCACAACUGUCUUGUUUUUUAUUGUGUAGGCAAAAUAAAGUUAACGGCUACAAGAAA